AUGGUCCAGAAAAUACUAAACAAAAUCAUCGGAAGCAAGUACAUUUCUAUCGUAAGAACGUGGUAAGUAAAACGACCAACUCCUGCGGUACGCAGUGUACGAUAUCCUACAUUAAUGCCAUUGACAGUGUUAUAAUUUACGACAUUUACGCUUCAGUGUCCUGUGUGACCGCUUAGCUCUCCAGUUAGCAUUAGCCUAACUUUCCUGUUAAUGCUCCUGUGGCUGAUCUGGCAGAGCUAGUUAGCAUUACACGGCCAACUAGAUUUCAAGGAGGCUAAAGUAAAUGAAGAUUUCCCUGGUCUCUAUCGCACUGCACAUUAAUUUCCGUGUAAAUUACGUCAAAUCGUUUCCCAUUUACUUGACUUAAACGCCAAGCAAAUAUACUGUAUGGUAUAUUUAAUAUCACACCGUGUUGAACAGAUUGAUUUUGAUGGUUGUGACAGUUCAAUCACCUUCAUCUCAAACCCACAUAUCAUAUAGAUGACUUCAACUUGGAGACUCCAAAAACAAGCAACUGGACUGGGUAGAGUUUAGAGGACGUUUCGCCUCUUAUCCACGGAGCUUCAUCAGUUGCUUGUUUUUGGAGUCUUCGAAAUAAGCAUGACCUGGAUGAAUGAGAAUCUACAUGGACAGAUUGACUUCAACAGUGGUUGAAAAAGGACACUUAAAAUAAAUAAAUAUUCAUUCCUUUAUUAGUAAGAUGUAUAAUCUUGUUUAACACCAGUGAUGGUAUAAUUAUUGAAGGUGUGAUGAAGGUAAUAAUAUCAGAUCACUAAAAUUUAGUUAUUGGUAGUAUUGGUAAAAUAAUAGUGUGCAAACUGCAUGUUCUUUUUCAUCUGUGUUUUGCUAUGAUGGAUGCUUUUUUCUUUUUCUGCCUAAUUGAUCUGUGUCAUUUCUUUUCCAUCCAGGGUGCCAAACAUGGUUGCCUGGGGAACAGUUGGUGGAGUGGCUCUUGUUCACUUCACAGACUGGCGGUUAUUUCUCGAUUAUGUGCCGUACAUUAAAGGGAAGUUCAAAAACGACGAUUAA